AUGCGACAGCACCUGGUGUCAGAAGGAGCCCUGACGUUGGAGAGUUUCUCCUCGGGAGGUUUCGUCAUCUCGUCGAUAUCCCUAUUGAUUGAGAACUGCUACAUCGCCAAGCUGAGUGAUGCCAGCCUGGUUGAAGAACUGGUGGUGGUUGUUGCAGUUACAACGGUUGUGGCGACGUGCGAUGAUGAUGGAGAUAUGGUGACAGGGACCUGCGGCGAGAAGUGGAUCUCGGGCCUGGAUAUGCACCUGGACCGUGUGAGGGAGACUCCGUCGCUUUGA